AUGUUUUUUGUGUACAAAUACAAUGAGGCAAUAAGAGCACAAUUUAUGUUAAUUUAGAAAGAUAGAUAAUGGGAAAGAAUAUUAGAGUAGUUGAUUCAUAAGUAAUCAUAUAUCAUGUUAAACUUCAAUGAGAGUUCAUUUUAGUUCGAGUAUUUUAUGGCACACAACUUCUCAAAUGGCUUUAAAGAUAAGGAAGAUAUUCAAAAUUUUUUAAAAGAAGCUCAGCACUAAAAGAAAUCACUCAACAACUACCUAUACGAUUAGAUGAAACAACAUCAAUAAGACAGAAUUGAUCUUUUUAAAAAAGAAAUCAUGGUUAAAUAAUAAAGGGAAUUAAUAAAAUUAGAGUUUUCGAUCUUUUUCGCAAACUAGCCAACUAUUUUAUUAAUUUUUCAUAAACCCAAAUUAAGGAUAUAAAAUACAUCCUCAACAAUAGAAAGCCCAGUUUUUUUUUAAUACUUUGUUUAAUUAUUAAAGAGUUUGAAGAAAAAACUAAAAUAAAAAUAACAUUAUAUUACGUUUAUGAAACGGAUUCGGUUAAUCGAAAUAUAUCAUAACUUAUAAAAUAGCUGGGAAUAAACAGUAUAAGAAAUUAAUCUUUGUCAUAUAAUUUCAAAGCAAGCCAAAUAUUUUCCAGACUUAAUGGUAUAGAUCAAUAUAAAAAACACAAUAAACUUGAAAACAAAUUCAGAUAUUUUUAGUUUAGUAUUGUUUAAGAUAUUUUCUAAUACAAAUACCUAUAUGAUUAAAUUUAGGUACUCUAAAUUAGACGAAGAUACGAUUUAGUUAGUGGUUAGUGGGCAUUUUAAUUCUUCUGUUGUUCUUUCAUUUUUUGAACUUCAUUAAGAAUCUCUCAGUAGAUUUGUAAUUUUAACCUAAGUAACUAAAUAUGCAAUUGAAAUGUCUUUUGAAAUAAACCCGUAUAUACCGUUUUCUGGGAAAAAUAAAAAAUAGAUAGACUAAUUAAUUUGA